CCCGGCUGGCAGGGCUGGGCGAGAACCUGCCCCCCGGAAUCCCUCGCGCAGCUCUGGAUACGCGUUGGGCGUGGAGAGGAGGCGUCGCGCCCUCGUCGGAGAAGCCGAGGGGGAAGUUGGCCAGCGGCUCGGUUUCUUCGGAGGGCCAGGGAUGGCUAGGCCGCCUUCCCGCUCGGGUCUUCGCGUCGCGGAAGGAAGGAAAGCGGGCUCCAGCGGUUAGUCCUGGCGCCGGGGAGCAGUAGAUGAAAAGACCCAGGGGCAAAGAGUAGAGCUGAGCUGAGUUGGGUUCCUUUGUGAUGUGUGACCAGCACAGCCCUGGCAGUCUCCUCCAGAUGUGGAUAAUUCACAGCUGAGGCUUGCUGAUGGAUAUGGCAGGCUGGUUCAAGACGUUGCUGCAGAAACCCAGGAAGAGGCCAGACGCCUCAAAUGGUUCUCCUGGGUGUUCUCCUUCCUCACCUUCCCCUCCCGUGCAGAAAAGUCCUAGUUCACUCCCUCGUAGCUUGACCAGCAGCCCCAAACUGGGAUACUCCAUCGCCCGGAUUGUAAGCCAUUCUGAUAGUGCCCGAUGGAGCAAGUUAUACGACGUCUGCAUUUGCCACAGCGAGGGGGACCUUGAGUUUGUGGAAGAGCUGGUGGCCUACCUGGAGAAGCAGCCCGAACGUUUCCGUUGCUUUCUUCAGCUGCGGGACUCUAUUCCAGGUGGGGCUGUUGUGACGGAGCUGUGCAACGCUGUCCAGAACAGCCACUGUUGGGUGCUGUUGAUCACACCCAACUUCCUUAAGGAUCCUUGGUGUUGCUACCAGAUGCACCACGCCUUGACCGAGGCGCCCAUGGCGAACGGGCGUACCAUCCCUGUGCUGAAGGAUAUAGACCGCACCGACUACCCCAGGGAACUCCGAUGUAUUUACUACAUCAGCGUGGUGCUCCAAGAGAGCAGUUUCCGACAGAUCAAAGAGACGAUACUGCGUUAUCUCCUGGACUUUUGUCAAAACGCAAGAAGCAAAGACUAACUGCACUUUUGGAUGAAAAAAAAAAAGAUUCUUGGUUACAGGAAGGUCAAAGGAAAGUCUUUCGGUAUACGGGACUUGGAGAAGAAGCCUUUAUGGUGAAGGUAUCUUCUCUCACUGCGGUUGACUUGAUUUGAAGGCAGAUUCCAUUUGAUGCUGAGAUUUCACUCUCCACAUUUGACCGAUUAGCUUUAUUUUGGAGUUGAGUUUAUGCUUUAAUCAUCCCGUUUGCCCUUGGAAAUAGACCUGGUCAAGAAACAAGCACGGCAGGGAUUUCAGGAAUGCAACUAUUAUGGAAGACAGCUAAAAUCCUUCCAAAAUGCCCCCUUUUAAGGUCACAACAAGAUUAAGGUCAAGGCAGGACUGUUUUUGAGUUUCGUAAUUUUUACUUUCCCAGAACUGAGGAACCGUUUCACAGAGCUAAAUUCCAUCGUUAUACUUAAUGAUUCUGAUGAGAUUUGGUGGACAGUAGAACACUAAUUUGUAACAAGAAGAUGCAAGUGGUUGUGUUCAUAGAUCAGCCAGUCAUGUCCCAUUUCCUUUCCUUCCCAUCUAGUUUGGCGUUUCUCUGCAGUCCUAACAGUUGGUCAGUUCGCUGCGGCUUUGUUCUUUUAGUCACAUUCAGCUGGUUUCCAGUUUUCUUCCACCUAUAAAGUCUCCCUAUUCCCCCCCCCGCCUUUUUUUUGUAUUGGUUUCCUCCAAAUCUGCUACUAGCUUCUUGAUAGUCCUCAAUUUACAGCUAUUUGUUUAACGACUGUUCAAAGUUACAAGUGCACAACUGAAAAAGGGACUUAUGACCAGUCCUUGCACUUAUGACCAUUGUAGCAUCUUCAUGGUCAUGCUUUUAUGGUCACAUAAGCAAAAUUCGGAUGCUUGGCAACUGGCAUGCAUUUACAAGGAUUGUAGCAUCCUAAGAUCAUGUGAUUGCCAUUUGUGACCUUCCCAGCAGGCUACCAAACAAGCAAAGUCAGUUGGGGGAGGGGAAGGGAAGCUGCAUUCGCUUAAUGACUGUAUGAUUCAGUUAACAACUGCAGUGAUUUGCUUAACCCUGGCCCCCCAAAAAAAGGUCAUAAAAUUGGCCGUGACUUGCUUAAUAACCACCAAGCUUAGCAAUCCAAAUUGUGGUUGUAUAAAGUUCUUCCUGAACAUCAGGCACAGUGAAUUCUAGACCUGUGAGCAUCAUUGUAUUGAGUGGUUGAAGGCUACAAAGAAGGUUUCUGCAACAUCUGGGACUUUAUACAUAGGUGUCCGAAUUAUAUCCAAAUACAGGUAAUCCUCGAUUUAUAACAGUUCAUUUAGGGACCAUUCAAAGUUAUAUCAUCACUGAAAAAAGGGAGUUACAACUAUUUUUCACACGACCAUAGCAGCAUCCCCAUCGUCACAUGACCAAAGUACAGAGUACCAGUUGGCAACUGGUACGUAUUUAUGACAGUUGCAGUAUCCUGGGGUCAUGUGAUCGCCUUUUUGGCUUUCUGACAAGCAAAGUCAACGGGGAAACCAGAUUCACUUAAGAACUGUGUUACUGAUUGAACAGCUGCAGUGAUUCACUUAACAACUGUGGCAAGAUAGGUUGUAAAAUGGGGCAAAAUUCAGUUAACAAAUGUCUCGCUUAGCAAUAUAAAUUUUGAGCUCAACUGUGGUCGUAAAUUGAGGACUUCCUGUAUUAUAGCUUUAAUAAAAUGGCAGUAUUAACCAUGUUUUUUAAAAAAACAAACAGCAUAAUACUCCCUUGAGUUUGUAGCCAUGGUUGGCUUUACAUUUCUUGGCAGUACACAAUUAUUAAUUUGAGAGAAUUCAGAUCCCACCCAGUAAGCUGCCUGAGGGUGACAAAGCUGCUGUGAGAUUUUGUUUCCACAUUUGUAUGAUUUACGGAAAAUGUAGGUGGCUAAAUUUGCAUAUUGUGCUAAACUGAAAUCCUUGUUAGUUUUGGUUUAGAGGUAUGAAUCGGGCCUUUUUCUGGUUCUCUGCAAAGCCUGCUAACUGUAGCUUAUUCAACAAAGAUGAACUAACCUCUGAUUUAAAAAUCCAGACUAUGUUUAUACGGUGGGUGUUUAAUUUAAUCCUGGGUCAUCCAGGGUUAGUAUUGCCUUGAACUGUCACUGAAAAUAAAAUGUUAGCCAAUGAUCCUUCUGGGAAUGGUUUGUGUAAUUUGAAAUAGAAGGAAAUUCUGAGAUUUCAUUCUAAAUUGCGGGUGCAUUUCCCAUGAUGUAAAUCUGAAUGCUGAAUUGCAUUUGGAAUGUAGUUGGGUUUACCUGCAAUGUUUGGAAUACUGGUUAUGACUUAAAAUGAAUGGCCCAUGCAACUUGGAAUAAAUUUGGUUUUUUGUAUCAGAGGACAAAUGGCCAGUAGAAAGCAUAUGAUUAUAAGAUGAAAAGGGUCUUUGCUGCUUCAAUAAAUUUUGGAACUCCCUGCAAAGGGCGGCUAGAUUCAUUUUUUCUAUCACCUUUUUAUUUAGGUAUCUCUCUUCGACAAAUACACCAUGUUUCUUUUUUUUUUUUAAUUUUAUUUUGAUUAAAAAACAAAACAAAAACAGCAAACACAAAUAUGACAAUACAAUAUACACAACAAAUAUACAUAUAUCAUGUCUUACGACUUGUAUUUUAGAUAUUCACAUCAGUAAACUAUAUUUCUCUCUAUAUAUCUUUACACCUUUACAUAUAUAACGACAUCUUAAAUUCCCUUUUUGAUUUAUUGUUUUCUUAUUUGGUAAGAAAGUAAUUUGGCUUAAUUCCUGUCUUAACUAUUUCCUUUCUUUUUUCAUGUUCCUAGUUCUAUUUUAUUUUCUUUUUCUCCAGCCAGUCGUACCAUCUUUGCCAUACUAGGUAAUAUUCCCAUACUAGGUAAUAUUUUUCCUGCAUUUCUUUUGUAAGUUUAUCCAUCUCCGCGCACUCCAUCACUUUUAAGAUUAUUUUAUCUUCUGGUGGUGUAUCUCCCAAUUUCCAACUCUGAGCAAAAACGAUUCUUGCUGCUGUUAAAAUAUGGGUAAUUAGAUAUUGUAUUUCUUUUUCAUAUUGGAUUGUACAUAUUCCUAAUAAAUAGGUUUUUGGUUUCAUUGA